AUGGUGGUGUCCAGCGGAGAAGCUAAUUUUGGAUAUGCUGGUAGGAAUGAUAUACAGAGCUCGACCGGAGUUGCUGGAGAUGUCAAAGCUAAUCGUGACAAGCUGGGUGUCCAAAUUAGUUCCGGUGAUGGUUGCCCGGUGGUGUCAGGUCAAAUUAUUGGGCCUGUGCUUAUGGCUCUUGGAAAUGGGCUCAUCAAUGCUACUGUGGGCCAGGAAAGGAAGAAGAAGGAUGAAAAUGAUGGGCUUGGGCUCUUCAUUAACGAAGCAUCCGAGUCCAUUCGAGUCUUCAAAAACAGCUAUGGGGCUCGCUUCACUCUACUUAUGGUUUGCUUUAUUGCCAUGGACAUCCAGAGCAAAAGCUUCGGCUCCGGCUUUCGUCUUCUUCAAUAUUCUCUUCAUUUGGGGGUUUUACUUCUCUGUUAUCCGACCAGUAUCAUAACAAGUGACCCUGGCAUUGUUACAAAUGGGUCUGCCUCUCCAGACCAGACUAUGGAGAGCUCACUUUCUCAAGUUGAUAAGGAGAUGGAGCUCUUAGCAAGUGGUUUAGGCCAUGGAUCAACUCAUGAUUCAGGUUUGUUGAUGAGGGUUAGAUAUUGCGAAACCUGCAAGGCAUACAUAAAGGGUCUUGACCAUCAUUGUCCUGCUUUUGGAAAUUGUAUAGGCCAAAAUAAUCAUCGCCUUUUCUUAAUUCUUCUGUUUGGACUUAUUGCUACCGAAGCUUCUUAUCUAGUGUGCUCAUCACUCUUUGUGGCCAAAUCCGGGAUCUUUGAUAGACCCUCAGAGCUUACUCUUUCUGAAAGUCUGGCUGUUAGCACAAUUCUGUUCACCAUUCUCCAACUGCUAUGGCAGGUGGUGUUUGUGAUAUGGCACAUAUAUUGUGUAUGCGCGAACAUUAGAACUGAUGAGUGGAUAAAAUGGAAGAAGUAUCCAGAGUUCCAACUUGUUAUUCCACCCAAAUAUAUUUUGCAGCACCAAUUCUGGAUCUCAUAUUUCUUGCAAUCUGUAUGCUGACUACAGAUCUGAUUUCUUUUCACUAUCCAGGACUAAACUUCAGAAAUAUUAGGUUCUGGAAUCCAUAUGACAAAGGCAUUGUACAGAAUGUGAAGGACUUUCUAGCAGUCAAGCAUUAAGAACAUAGAAGCUGUGAAUACUGUUACUUCAGAAUCCUUGAAUAGUCGUCAUUGUUCCAUCCAUGAAGAAAGCAGUCUCCCUUUAUUGCUUCUUAUAUAUUCGAGCAUUUGGAGCAACAUGUCUUUGGGAGAUUCACACCAGGUCCUCCAAAAUUAAGGUCAAGAUGCCAGAAUUACAGCAAUGAUUGCUUCAAGUCCAAGCUUUACAUUUAGUGGGGAGCUGGGGUCCGUGACCUGCAAGUAUGAUGCUUUUUUUUUUUUUUGGGUAGACAACUAGACAUUAGUUCUGGAAUUGAACAUGUGAACAAUGAAUAAAUAUAAUAA